AUGGGCGGGGUAGAAGCUGAGGGGUCGAGGGACAUGGUUAGGUUCCCAGAGGGAAGGGGCGGUCCUCACGCGAGGGCGAAGGAGGGUGCGUGGGUAUGUCCGAAGGCAGGGACGACGGUCUGUGCAAGGACAGAGGAUAGGGCAGCGACGAAGGUCUGUACGAGGACAGAGAUAAAGGUCCAUACGAGGACGGAGAUAACGGCGGUCGGCCGGUUAGCCGAGAAGGAUGCGGCGAGGGAUAGGGAGGCGGCGGAGAUCAUACUAGCGGAAGCACUGGGCAGGAGGGACAGCAGGCGCAACGUGGACUACGAGUAA